AUGGGUGUUCCGCAGAGUGAGAGAAAAAUGGAAGGGUGGCUCUAUCUCAUUCGCCCCAACCGGUUUGGUCAGCCUUACUCACGUAAGAGGUACUUCAUUCUCAAAGACAAUAUCCUCAGAAGCUUCAAGAUCCAACCCUCUUCCCAAAUGGAGGAGCCAGUUAGAAGUGCAAUGAUCGACUCCUGCAUUCGGGUUAAUGACAAUGGAAGGGAGAGCAUCAACAGAAAAUUGUUCUUUAUUUUCACCGUCUAUAAUGCUACAAAUCAAAGUGAUAAGCUUAAGUUGGGAGCGAGUAGUACAGAAGAAGUAGCAAGAUGGAUACGUUCCUUGCAGGAUGCUGCAUUGAAGGAGUGCCCAGCUCCAGCAAAGAAUCUUGUGGCUUAUUCCAAGAAGAGACGUUCAACUUUGAGAUAUGGAGGCUCAAAAAGCGCAGAUUGGAAAUACUCAUACUCUGACAUCAAUUUUCAGUCAUGCAUAUACACUGAAGCCAUGACCUCUGAUGUUAUUGCACCUUCACCAUGGAAGAUUUUUGGUUGUCAGAAUGGCCUAAGGAUGUUCAAAGAAGCCAAAGACUGGGAUUCACAUGGAAGUCAUUGGGGUGAUCACCCAGCAAUAAUGGCAGUUGGUGUGGUUGAUGCAACUUCAGAGGAUAUCUUCCAUACUCUUAUGUCUCUUGAUCCCUCAAGAUCAGAAUGGGACUUUUGUAUUUAUCGAGGCAACGUGGUUGAUCACCUUGAUGGUCACACAGAUAUUAUUCACCUGAUGCUGUACAAUGAUUGGCUACCAUGGGGAACGAAACCAAGAGAUUUAUUACUACGAAGAUAUUGGAGGAGAGAGGAAGAUGGCACAUAUGUGGUAUUGUACCAUUCUGUAUAUCAUUCCAAGUGUCCACCCAAGAGCGGCUACGUCCGAGCUUGCCUUAAAAGUGGAGGAUUUGUGGUGAGUCCUGUUAACAAAGGAACGCAAUCAGUUGUAAGACAUAUGCUUGCUAUUGAUUGGAAGUUUUGGAAAUUGUAUUUGCGCCUCUCAUCUUCAAGAUCCAUAACCAUUCGUAUGCUUGAGAGAAUUGCCGCAUUAAGAGAGUUGUUUAGAACCAAAACAGGAAAUUGCUCUGCUGAAGUUGAGCCAAUUACAAUGACCAAAGAUAUUGGGUUGCCUCUUAAUGUAAAGGAGGAAAUUAAGACACAAGUUCCAAAAAAGAAUGGAAAGGUUGAGGAUCUUAUUGUAAUGACAGAUGAGGAGGAGAAAGAACAUGGUGGUCCUACAAGUUUAAUGGGAAUGAAUGAUGCUGAUGAGUUCUUUGAUGUUCCUGAAUCUACGGACUAUGAUCCCUUUGAGAAUGAAUGGCACUCUGACAUGGGUUCAGAACAACUGACUGCGUCCCACCCCAGAAUAUCUUCAGCUGCUGGUUUGGUAAAAAAAUUACACGACCUUGCAGUUCACAAAAAGGGGUAUAUGGACUUGCAAGAGGCUGCUAGGGAGGAAAGUGCAUCAUGCUCUUAUGGAUCCACUCUUCUUAAAGAUCCAAAUUGUACUUUACCCAAUAGCUGGGCUGCUUCUGAUCCAUCUUUGUUCUUGGUUCGAGGAGAAAAUUAUUUACAAGACCAGCAGAAGAUCAAGGCAAACGGCACUUUGAUGCAAUUGGUUGGUGUAGAUUGGCUUCGUUCUAACACACGAGAAGAUAAUUUGAGUGGUCGUCCUGAUUCCAUAGUUCAGCAAUAUGCAGCAAAAGGUGGUCCAGAAUUCUUUUUUGUUAUCAACAUACAAGUGCCCGGAAGUCCCAAUUAUUCCAUUUCACUCUACUAUAUGAUCAAAACGCCUUUGGAAGACAAUCCCUUAUUGCUGAGCUUUGUAGAAGGAGAUGAUGCCUAUAGGAACUCAAGAUUCAAGCUGAUACCAUAUAUUUCUAAGGGAUCUUGGAUUGUCAAGCAAAGUGUUGGAAAGAAAGCAUGUUUGGUGGGGCAAGCGCUAGAAACAAUUUAUAUUCGUGGGAAGAACUAUCUAGAGCUUGAUAUCGAUGUUGGAUCUUCAACAGUAGCAAGGGGGGUAGUGAGCCUAGUUCUUGGAUACCUGAACAAUUUGGUGGUAGAAAUGGCAUUUUUGAUACAGGCUAACACACAAGAUGAACUCCCAGAAGUCCUCCUUGGAACAUGUCGACUAAAUCACAUGGAUGCAUCAAAAGCAAUUUUUGUGACAUCAUAG